AUGCUUCACAAGAAUUGCGGUCGAGGAACAGAAGCUUACAAGAGAGCAAUAGACAGGCUUGGUCAUGACGAGCUUGCAAGCAGCUCUGGUGAGUUAUGCCAAUACAUUGUGUGGGUUCCAUUGUCUGGCCUUGGGAUCAGAAUACUCUCUCUGCGACCUCUUCUGCGAGCCAUUUCCUGGUUACUACUUCCUCUAGAUUUUCCAUUGACGGAUACGUUUCAUUGGCGCUCACCGCGUUCUUACGGUAAUAACGUGUUGAAGCGUCACGUGAUUAACUCCUCUACAAAAAGGAAAAUUGUGCCUUUCGUAAGGCCUUGCGAGGAUCGGAUUUCUGGGCUUAAGCUAUUUGAUCACCCUGAAGAGUUAGUUAUAGGCUUAUAG